CGCAGCUCUUCAGUCUCCGAUAAACCCACUAAAGAAAGAAAGAAGAGCUCGCGUGUGCUGUUUUUGUGUAUCCUUAUUCCUUAGUUAUUUACUUUCUUGUGUGUUUUAAACACAGUCUUUUCUCUGUGUAUAUUAGUGUUGAGGUUUUGAUGAUGAUAGAUGAGAUGGAGGUGAUGUGCUGUAAAUCUGUAGGAACCGAUCUGUCCAUGCUGGAUAUUGAUGAUUUCAUCACAGAAAUCUCUCAGCUGAAGAAAGAGGUGGCGUUACUGGAGGCAAAACUGAGUUUAAGAGGAGAUGAAGGACUGAAGAGAGAUGAUGUGGAUGUGGUUUGUUGUGAACCUUUAGUGCAUGUGACUGUUGGGAGCUCCACAGAGUCUCUGGAUUCUGACUGUAACGCUGGAGAACAGCAACAGACCUCAGUCGAAGUGAUGGACUGCAGCGAGCAGAUGUUGGAGACGAGAAAAGAAACCACAGCGGAGGAAGAUGAGGGCAAUCAUAAUGAUGAUCAUGAUAUAAUUCCUUCAGAUGUGAAGAGUGAGUCAUGUGAUGGAGAAACGCCAUCGACAUCAGAAGAGCGACUGACGGCACAAACUCAAGAGAAGAAACUUCAUUCAGAAGAGCACAUAGAGCAGCAAUUUAACUGUGAUCAGUGUGGGAUGGUUUGUGUCUCUUCUUCUACUUUGAACAUUCACAUGAAGACACACACUGCCGAAAAAUCUUUCAACUGCAGUGAAUGUGACAAAUAUUUCGGCAGCAAGCACAGUCUUGAUCUUCAUAAGAGAAUUCACUCAGGAAAAAAACCAUACGAGUGUCCUCACUGUGAGAUCAGGUUCAGACAAAAAGGCGAUCUGAAGAGACACGUGCGUUUACACACCAAUGAGAAACCGCAUCAGUGCAGUGAAUGUGGAAAAAACUUGGAUUCAGGUUCAUUGAAACCACAGCAAAAUAUUCACUCGGAAGAUAAACCUUUUCAGUGUUCAGACUGUAAUAAAUGUUUCCAUCGGAAAUCUUACCUGACGGUCCACGAGAGAAUUCACACUGGAGAGAAACCUUACGUCUGCCCUCACUGUGGAAAGGGCUUCUCCAAUUCGUCUUAUUUCAGAGUUCAUCAAAGAGUUCACACUGGAGAAAAACCCUAUAAAUGUAGUGUUUGUGACAAGAGUUUUAAUCAACGUGACAAUUUAGUGUCACACCAGAGAAUUCAUACAGGUGAAAAACCUUACAAAUGCUCUCAGUGCGAUAAGACGUUUACUCAGUCAAGUUCCCUUAAAACGCAUCAGAGAGUUCACACCGGAGAGAAACCUCACGUCUGCUCUGAUUGUGGAAAGAGUUUCUCUAAUGCAUCUCAUUACAGAGCUCAUCAGAGAGUUCAUACCGGAGAGAAACCUCAUCAAUGUGGUGUUUGUAAGAAGAGUUUCAGUCAACGGGACAAUUUAGUAAGACACCAGAGAACUCAUACAGGUGAAAAACCUUUCAAGUGUUCUCAGUGUGAUAAGACGUUUACUCAAUCUAGUUCCUUAAAAACCCAUCAGAGACUUCAUACAGGAGAGAAACCUUACGUCUGCUCUGUGUGUGAAAAGAGCUUCUCUAAUCCGUCUCAUUAUAGAGCUCAUCAGAGAGUUCAUACCGGAGAGAAACCUUACCACUGCUCCAUCUGUGAAGAGAAAUUUGCUUUAUUGGGAAGUUUUCGGAAUCAUCAGAAGAAACACGCGAAGGAACAAGCUACAGUGAAAACUGAACUUUCAUGCAAAGUGGAAUCCGAUAACACUGUGUAAUGCAGUGAAUGUAAUUGUGUGUUUUGGGGGGAACAAGGCAAAAGAUAUUGUCUUGAAGAAUUAAUGAAAUGUACAGCAGUUUUUUUAUAUUAAUGACGACUUAUGUUUUACACUCUUACAAGUGUAUGUAAAGUAGAGUUUAAUGAUCCAUUUUUUUAGUUCACCCAAAAUUGAAAAUUCUGUCAUCAUUUACUCACUCUCAUGUUGUUACAAAAACAUUUUUUUUUGUUCUGAUGAACACAAAGGAAGAUAUUUAGAAAAUGUUUGUAACCAAAUCACUCAAGCCCCAAUUGACAUCCAUAGUAGGGAAAAGAAUACUGUGAAAGUGAAUGGGGCUUCUGAAACUAUCUUCCUUUGUGUUCAUCAGAACCAAUGAUGAAGUAAAUGAUGACAGAAUUUUCAUUUUCAGAUGAACGUUUUGUACCCUAAUAGUUUAGAUGCUUCAAAAUUAAAUGCAUUCACAACCGUUAUCUGUAUUAUUAUGUUAGACAUAUUAUUUUGUGUUUUUUCUGUUUGCUUUUGAGAACUUGUUUAUAAACAAUGUGUUGUCUAAUGACAAAAAAAAUAAAAAUAAAGCUGCCAGCAUAAUAUACAAACAG